GCAUCAACGCAUUGAUUCGUAGAGUUUGAGAAUUUGAGAAGCCGGAGAGAACUCGUGAAACCCUCGGCGGAGUUCAUCGACGGAGCUCGCCGGCAGUGAGGGAUCGGCGAUGGUGGAGAAUGCGACGGCUGCUGGAGCUCCGGAAUGGAGCUCUCCGCCGCCGGCCGGGAAGGAUCAGCAGGCGGCGGGGUGGGGCAUCUUGCUCCAGAUCUCGAUGCUUGUCCUUGCCUUCUUGAUCGGCCAUCUUCUCCGGCGACGGAAGGUGUACUAUCUCCCUGAGGCUAGCGCGUCUCUCCUUAUUGGUUUGCUUGUUGGUGGACUGGCAAGCAUAUCAAAUACAAAAGCCAACAUGAGGGGUGGCUUCAAUUUUCAUGAAGAAUUUUUCUUCCUUUUCUUGCUUCCUCCAAUUAUAUUUCAGUCAGGUUUCAGCUUGGCACCGAAACCCUUCUUUUCAAAUUUUGGAGCAAUUAUCACUUUUGCCAUAUUUGGGACUUUUAUUGCUUCAGUUGUCACAGGCGUUUUGGUAUAUGUUGGUGGUCUAAUGUUUCUCAUGUAUAAACUGCCAUUUGUUGAAUGCUUGAUGUUUGGGGCUCUUAUAUCAGCAACUGAUCCUGUCACAGUCUUAGCAAUAUUCCAGGAACUUGGGACUGAUACGAACCUUUAUGCGUUGGUUUUUGGUGAAUCUGUGUUGAAUGAUGCGAUGGCAAUUUCCUUGUACAGGACUAUGUCAUCAGUGAGAAGCCACGCUUCAUCAGGAGAGAACUUGUUUAUGGUGAUUUUAAGGUUUCUUGAGACCUUUGUUGGCUCAAUGUCUUCAGGCGUUGGAAUUGGAUUCAUCUCUGCUUUGCUCUUUAAAUAUGCGGGUUUGGAUAUUGAAAAUCUACAAACUUUGGAGUGCUGUCUCUUUGUCCUCUUUCCAUAUUUUUCGUACAUGUUUGCUGAAGGUUUUGGUUUGUCUGGUAUUGUGUCUAUAUUGUUCACGGGAAUUGUCAUGAAGCAUUAUACCUUCUCAAAUUUAUCUGAAAAUUCUCAACGUUUUGUUGCUUCUUUUUUCCAUCUAAUAUCGUCAUUAGCAGAAACAUAUGUGUUUAUAUACAUGGGAUUUGAUAUCGCGAUGGAAAAGCAUAGCUGGUCACAUUUGGGUUUUAUAUUUUUCUCAAUUCUUUUUAUAGGGGUUGCAAGGGCGGCAAAUGUGUUUUCUUGUGCUUAUUUGGUUAACUUGGUUCGUCCUGCACACCGUCAAAUACCGUUAAAGCACCAGAAGGCACUUUGGUACAGUGGGCUUAGAGGGGCAAUGGCAUUUGCCCUUGCACUUCAAUCAGUACAUGAACUACCUGAAGGUCAUGGCCAGACAAUCUUCACAGCCACUACAGCGAUAGUAGUUCUUACUGUAUUGCUGAUUGGAGGCUCAACAGGGACUAUGCUUGAAGCUUUAGAAGUUGUUGGUGAUGGCCAUAGUAGUCCACUUGGGGAGGCUCGUAGAUAUAAUGAGCUUGAAGAAAGUAAUUAUGUUGCACCGUCUUAUGAGGAAGGAGCUUCAUCUGGGAGCAAGAUCAAGAUGAAACUUAAAGAGCUCCACAAAAGUGCUGCAUCAUUUACUGCAUUGGAUAAGAAUUAUCUCACUCCAUUCUUUACAACUCAAAAUGAUGAUGAAGACAAUAUGGAUGAACCACCCCAGAAUUCCAAUAGAGGGUUCCGAGGUCGUAUGUGAAGCUCAUUUUUGCCUUUUUAGUUCAGUUUCACAAAACAAAAGCAACAACAAACUUCAUACUUGACCCUACAGAUGUCUAAAGUGAGGUGCUAGAUGUUCAUGAGCUUAUUCCAACCAGAAUGUUUGUUAGUGAUGUCACAGGAAAAGAAAAACUCUACGUGAUGCCAAUACUUGUAGGCUAUCUUCUUUAGUUUGUAUAUAUAUAUAUAUAUAUAUAUAUAUUCAUCUGUUAUACAGAGGAAAAUUUCUGCUAAUCAUUACAGUCCCCAUUUCUUGCAUUUGUAACUGCUUUCCAGAUAUGUUGCUGGAAAAUAUUAUGAAAUGUUUUCUUCAAAAAUUUUACAAUAGGGCUUGAAUUU